CGACGUCUGGUACAUCUCAACUUAUCGACCUCCUGUAGAGGUACUUGAUCUCCCAGGUCAUCAGCACGGAGUACGGGUCCUCAAACGUGUCGAUGGCCGAAGAAUACGGCCGUAUAAUUAAUUGGGAGCGAGAACAUCGGUGUUGACCUUGUCGCUGACAGCAUUGUGCUGCUCAGAUGAGAUGAAACUUCGUACCACCUCAAACCCCCGGAACCAGCGUUCCGCCUCCAUUCUCUGCACCAUGUCGCCAUCGCAAUCGCCGGAGUUCCAAACAGAAAACGCACGAUCAUUAACACAUACCGCACCAUACUUGUGCCGAGUUACUAUCGCAGAUAGUCGUGAGAUCUUUGCCAUCGACCUGGCGAACACGAUCUCGCCCCUUGCAUCCUGACCGCCCUCGCACCAACCCAAUGCUCUGAGAGACCUACGAGAAGCCUCGAGCAAAUUUUAGGCAAAGCAAGAGUCAGGAAGCCAAGACAAGAAGUUGGUACCAACGGAGGCCGAUAGAAUACAAAAGCAACGGUGAGCGUAGGAUUGAACGAGAGGAUUCAUUGUUCUCGAAUAUUAUUGUCGACGUCCAAUACUGUCCCAAGUCACAUAGCGCUUCAAACUCGUUGGGAAUGUGGUGGUAGUGUUCCGACCGAUGGAAGCAGGUGCGAAUGGAAAUGAAACUAUGUUGCAGUAGUUCUUUUCGAAGAUGAUGUGAGCACGAACGAUAUCAGCGAUUUGAUCUGCUCUCCCCCAGGUACAUCGGCUGUUGCAGGGCUAUGACUUGUUCUAGAUGAAGGAUCUUUUGUACUUGACGGAUUCUAUUUCAGACGGGGACAGAGAGUCCGAAGGCCUAUCAUGUUUGACUCAUGUGUCUGGUUCUUCUAAGUAUAAGACGCCUGUUUUCCAUAUUCAGCAUGACAAUUACACCUGAUCGCUGGCUUACAAGAUUUCACUACACUUUGGUAUUGUAGAGCAGGAGCCGCACGAGCCGCAAGAACCGCACUUCGUAUCUAGGUAGACGACCCAGGUUUGUCACCUAAAGGGCUCGCCUGGGGUAAAACCGUAAAAGAGAUCAAAGGCUCCGGAGUCGAUUGUUGGAGAUGCUUUUCCAUGUUACCCGUACAUAAGGUAUAUAACCGAGAGAUGUCGUACAACUACAAGUAACUCUCAAGUCUUACAAACCUGUUUGACCAGCACUUGUAUAUUCAGUUGAUUUCAGUCUUGUAUCUCACGAUGUCGAACCGCCUUGGUCUAACCGCGCCAAAAGACUUGACAGAUGAGCAGAAGCCCGCAUAUGAGUUGUUCAGUGAAUACACCAAGCAGCGCUAUGGCUCCUCCCCACAGACUGCCCUCGACGAUGGUACACUGAUUGGGCCGUUUGGAAUCUUGUUGCACCACCCACAAGUGGCCGAACAUUUUCAUCUCCUCGUGAAAACCUUACAAACAAUACCUGGUCUGACCUUGUACGGGCGAGAGGUUGUGAUCGCGGUUGCUGGUUCACGCUCGCAAGCAGCUUUUGAGAACUAUGCUCACGCCAUCAUUUCUCGGCGCGCAGGGAUUUCAGAGGCUGAGCUUCACGACAUUCAUGCUGGCAAGUGUCCGGAGACACUCACGGAAGAAGGAAAGAUAGCAUUCGAGCUGGCCACUGCUCUUGGACGCCCUGGACCACUGGACCAAGCGAUCUGGGACAAGGCUGUCAAAAUCCUGGGCAAAGAGGGAGCGGCUGCAGCCGUUCAUUACACGGGCUUUUAUAGCUAUGUUGGCACUAUAUUGAAUGGGUUUGAUGCCAAGGUACCUUGAACGUGUGAUAAUAGAGACAAAUUUCAACGGAAUGAAUAUGCGGC